GAGAGAACUCAGGAAGAGCGAAAUGGAGCCGAAGAGUCAAGCCACACCACCUUGCUCCAACACAGUGACAGUACGGAGAAACCCUCACCGGAAGGCCAGAGCCACUCCUUCCACGGACACUAGGCGAAACCCUAUCCCUUUAUCUUCAGAGUUGACCGACAUUCCUUCUUUCCAAAUGGAAGAUUUAAUUCGAAUACAAACUCCUGAACCAAAAUCACCAAUAUCUGAGAAUCUCAGGGUCUUUCUCAGAAUCAGACCCCUCAGGAGUUCCAGAAAUGGGGUCACCAGUGCUUUUGGCGAUCAGAAUUCCAGGGUCAGGCCUAAAAAUGCAUGGCCUCAGAACGCCGCUAAGAAGAAUAACACGAAAGAGAAGAAUAUUAAGAGGAAAAGUAACGAGGUAUGCUUGACUGUCAAUGAUACUCACUCUGUGACACUGUCCCCACCGUCGGCUUUACAGGAGCUGAAGCGUAAUAAAUCUGAAGUUUAUGAAGGGUUUUCUUAUGUUUUCCCUCCUGAUUCAUCUCAGGCUGAGGUAUAUGAAAAAAUGGUUAAUCCAAUAGUAGAGGAGUUUCUUAAAGGCAAAAGCAGAAUGCUUGCCGCAUUGGGGCCCAGCGGCUCCGGCAAAACCUACACUGUUUUCGGGAGUCCAAAGGACCCUGGGAUGGUUCCCCUUGCUCUUAAACGAAUUUUCAACCGGAGUGAGGAUCACUUAUCCGGAUCCGCUUCUAGGUCAUUUUACAUUUCAAUUUUUGAAAUAUAUUCUGAACGAGGGAAAGGAGAGAGGAUAUCUGAUUUAACCCUGGAUGGUACUGACUUGUGCAUGCUUCAGUCAACAAUUAAAGGCCUGCAGGAGGUUCCCAUCAAUGACGUUGCACAAGCAGAAUCAUUAAUUGCUCGAGCAAUACUGAAACGUGCCACGGCUAUGACAAAUGCAAAUAGUCAAUCCAGCCGUUCACAGUGCAUCAUUAACAUCCGAACUGUUGCUAUCUCUUCUGGACAAGAAAAUUAUGCUCAGUCAAGUAAUGCUGUGCUAACAAUUGUUGAUUUAGCUGGAGCAGAAAGAGGAAAAAGAACUGGAAACCAGGGGGCAAGAUUACUUGAAAGUAAUUUUAUCAACAACACAUCAAUGGUUUUUGGCCUUUGCCUCCGGUCACUGUUGGAGCAUCAAAAGAAUCCAAAGAAGGCAUUGCAAAAGCAUUUCCAGAAUUCUUUGUUGACGAGAUACCUGCGAGAUUAUUUAGAAGGCAAGAAAAUGAUGGCUUUGAUUUUAACUGUGAGGCCUUGGGAGGAAGACUAUCACGAUACAUCAUACCUUUUGAAACAAGCUUCACCGUUGAUGACAAUCAAGUUCGAUAAUGUUGAGGAAAUUUGUAAUAAGAGGCAGUUUUCGGCAUUUCCAAGUGUUGAGCCAUCAAAGAGAAUGAAGUUUUGUUACAAUAAUGAUCCUGUGUAUUUUUUCCAGAUUGAAGGAGCAGAUGCAGUGCAUGAACCCCAACUUUCAAGGGAAGAGGCCUCUCAGAUCUACACUGUGGACACUGGUGAUGGUGUCUUAGCAAAAUUGAGUUCUGUUGGCAAGAAUCACAGUGAGAGAAGCUAUAGGAUAAUGACUGGUUUUUCUAAAGCCAUAUGGAGUGUCCUGAAGCAGUAUAAAGAAAAACUGAAGGUAGCAGAAAGUGAAAUUCAGAGGCUCAGAGAAAGUCAUAACAAUGAGAGGACCAGAUUUCUUAAGUUGGAAAAGGAGCUGAAUGAUUUAAAGUCUCAUUGCACUUGUUCUAACCAAAAUUUGGUGGAUGUGGCCUUAUCUAUGGUAGAUAAAAAUUUUGAGGCUGGAAAGCAACUAGAGAGAUCCAUAUAUCAUGUUGAUGAGGCAAAUGCGGAUACCCAGUCUCCUAACAUGAAAGGAUCAGAAUGUAGUAGCACAGCUGAUGGAUUCGACUCCACUACAGGACAUGAUCAAGUUCAGUUGAGAUGUCCAGAUGAUGGUAUAGUCAGUGCUACUUGCUUUAAUGUUCAGAGAUCAGUCCAGCAGAAUUAUCAGAUAUCUAAAAGCUUAUAUGGGAAUGGAAUGAGCAAUGAGGAUUCAAAUGAAUUAAAUUGUGUGGGAAUCAAGGAUCACCAUCCUAAUUCAGAUGCUGCAGAGUCUGAGAUAAACUCUUCUCGAUCAUGUGAUAUGGUUGGUAACGGGUGCUUCUCAAUGGUGGAGUUGACUCAACAGCCCAGUGAGAAUGAGGAAACACCGGACCUCCAGCUGUCACAUGCGGAAGUUGUAGGCCGGGGAUGUAAUUUUGACGUGCCCGAGCUUCAACCAAAGCAUGAUACUUCCGACAAGACACUGAAUUUGGAGAAACCAAAAAGGAAACUUUUGCCUGCUUCAUCCAUCUUAGUGAGCAAUGUUACUGCUCUGGAUGUUGAAGGAGACAUUGAGAAACCAAAGGGGAACAGAGCUGGUAAGAAAUUUGUUGCAGAAGAUAGGCAGAGAACUCAGGGAAGUAUUGCGCUUGUGCGUUUACUCAAGAGCAAUCUUCACCUCUAGGAGAGUAAAUACUGACAAUCAUACUCUAGUCUUUUGCUCUUUUAAAUAGCUUAGCUAUUUUAUUUUUUGGGACAUCUUUGGCUUCAGAGGUGAUCUAUGCGUGAGAAUGAUGUAGAUGAGGUAGUUGGUUAGUUGCAAACCACUUGAUAUAGAAGGUACACGAAUACUCACUGUAAAAAGCAUGUCGAAUGAAUGAAAUUUCUCCGUGCUCUCUUACUCUUUCUGAUCUCUCUCUCUCUCUCUCUCUAUCUCUCAAUCUCUUUCUUUUCUCCUCUAUGUAACUAUAUCUUUUUGUCCUCGAAGAGGCGAGUAACCCAAUUUAUUCUGCCUUUUCAUUGGAUUUGUUCUUCUUCGUAUAUCAUUUUCUAUAUUCUACCAAAUUUCCGUAGAGUUGUCGCUGGAGGGUGCCUACUAAGGAACGUUCAUUGAUGUUAGCCAUAGAUGCUACUUAGCCUCUAGUUCAGAAGUAGUUAAGACUCAAAACUAGCUGAGACUUUCAUUAGUUGGAACCACACAGUUUUCUUCCAAGUCUACA